UUGCACACUUAACCAACAACUUACUUUCAAAUAUUUUGAUUGUACAUUUUUCAUUUUCCACGAGGCUCAUAAUCGAAAAGUUUCAAAAUUGUUUGAGUCGGCUUAAUAACAGUUUAUAUUUCGUAAAUAAUUCUAAAAGCUUUUGUACUGGUCCAUAAAAUGUUUCAAAGGCAAGCUAAAGAAAGGCGGCAGCUCAUAUAUGGUGCUAAACAAUCUAAGAAAGACCAAUCAAAGAUAGAAAAAAAAACUCUCGUUAAAAAAUCUUUGGAAGAAAACAAAGUUUUGCCAACAACUUUGCAAAAAGAAGCGUUAAGAUUGCAAGAUUCUCUUGAAUGGGAUGAUAUUGAGGCAACCACAGAAGAAGAUGAUGAAUAUAGAUGGGCUUUGGUUGAAGAUCCUAAAAUUGUUAUUACUACAAGCAGGGACCCAAGCAUCAAGUUGAAACUGUUUGCCAAAGAGUUGAAGUUGAUUUUUCCAAACUCUCAAAAGAUGAACAGAGGCAAUUAUAGUUUCAAGACAUUAAUUGAAGCAUGUAAAACAAAUGGUGUCACCGAUUUUAUUAUGGUCACUGAAACAAGGGGUGUUCCAGAUGGCUUUAUAGUCAGUCAUUUACCACAUGGACCUACUGCAAGAUUUGGCGUAUUAAAUGCAGUUUUGCGACAUGAUAUUAAGAAUAUUGGACCUAUGCCUCAAGAAUAUCCUCAUCUUAUUUUUCAGAAUUUCAGAACAAAACUUGGAAAAAGGGUUGAAAGUAUCCUGAAACACUUAUUUCCAGUUCCCAAAGAGGAAGCAAAAAGAGUCAUAUCCUUCCUUAAUAAUAGUGAUUGGAUAAUGUUCAGGCAUCAUGUUCAUCAUUACAAUGACAAAAGAGAUAUCCAGUUAACUGAAUUAGGACCACGCUUUUUGUUACGACUGUUUGAAAUAAAAAGGGGAACUCUUGAUGAAUUUGGAAUUUCAGAUGUGGAAUGGGCGUUAACCCAGUUUGCACGAACAGCUGUGAAAAAUCAAUUUUUAAGCAAAGAGCCUUUAUUCCCAGAAUAAGGCUUGCAUUGUACAUAUUGUUGUAAAAAUGUUUAUUCUGUUUUAAAAUAAAAUAUUUCUGUAUCUUUGUAA